AUGCUAGUCUUCAUAGCAACCAUCUUCCUCCCAGCAGUAGCAACACCUGACGGAGCCUCUUCGGGACGCUCUAUUUCGUUGCCAGGAUGCCCCGACAAGUGCGGCGACGUACCCAUCCCAUACCCCUUCGGCGUUGGCAUGCACUGUGCCGCGAGCAGACUGAACAGCUACUUCAACCUCACCUGCGACGAUACGAUCAAUCCACCAAGGCCAAAGGUUGGGGACCCUGGAGCAGUAGUUGAGAUCACCGACAUCUCACUGGAGCACGGCGAGAUGCGCGUGCUCACCCCCAUCAACUACAUCUGCUUCAAGUCCAACAUCACAUUCACCACGGACACCCAAGGGUACGGGCUGGAGUUCACGCCCUUCCUACGGUCACCAUCGCGCAACCGCUUCACAGUCAUCGGUUGCAACACCCUGGGCCUCAUCAGCGGCUACAAAGACACCGCCAGCCAGUAUGUGGCUGGCUGCUACUCCUACUGCGAGGGCAUCAACAACACAUCUGAAGGCGCACCAUGUGCUGGGAUGGGCUGCUGUGAGUCUGCCCUCCCCAGUAACCUCACCUCCUUGGAGGUCGUGUUUGAGAUGAAACAGAGCAAGGUAUGGCACUUCAACCCGUGCUUCUAUGCCAUUGUGGCUGAGCUUGGGUGGUACAACUUCAGCCAGAAGGACCUUGUUGGCACGCUUGGGUUCAUCGAUGGUCGAGCCGAUAAUGGCGUUCCCGCCAUCGUUGACUGGGCCAUAAGGAAUGGCUCAUGCCCAGAGAAGGGGAAAGACACACCUAAUAACUACGCCUGCAUCAGUAUAAACAGCUACUGCGUGUGCGCGAACAAUGGUCCAGGAUACUUAUGCCAGUGCUCCAAAGGAUAUGACGGCAAUCCUUAUCUUUUCAAUGGCUGUCAAGGUAAAUUAAUUACUCAAAUUUAA